AGAAAUUAGUUGAAAAAGUUGUUGAAACCAAUGCAAAAAAUGAUUAAUCACAUUAUAGAGUCAUUGAAUUAUUACUCACAUUUUCAGCUUACCAAAAUUCUCAAAAUUAUAGUAACCCCAUUUCAUUAGUUUUUUCAAUUUCCUUCAUUUAUAACAAUGGGCAAUGCUUCUUCUUUGCUGACUCAAUAUGAUAUUGAAGAAGUUCAAGAACACUGCAAUCACACAUUUUCCCAGCAGGAAAUUCUUUCAUUGUACGAGAGGUUUUGCCAAUUGGAUAGAAAUGGGUGUGGAUUUAUAUCUGGAGAAGAGUUUCUUUCAGUGCCUGAAUUUGCUGUCAAUCCUCUUUCUCAGAGGCUAUUAAGGAUGGCAGACGGGUUAAAUUUCAAAGAAUUUGUGGCAUUCUUAUCAGCAUUUAGUGCUCAUGCCAGCUUGCAACAAAAGGUUGAAUUUAUUUUUCGGGUUUAUGAUUCUGAUGGAAAUGGAAAGGUGUCAUUCAAUGAUAUGCUGGAGGUCUUGCAGGAUUUGACUGGAUCAUUUAUAUCUGAGGUUCAAAGGGAGCAAGUUUUGACACGUGUUCUUGAGGAAGCAGGAUACAGCAAGGAUUCUUCACUAGUCCAAUCUGACUUCCUGAAGAUUCUUGGCAGCUCUGAUCUGAAGAUGGAAGUUGAAAUUCCAGUAGAUUGAAAAAGACUUUACUUUUACUAAGUCAUGUCCAAUAUCAUUAAUUAGUUGAGAGCAUGAAAUUGCACCAUCCUAAGAGUGAGAAACUCCUUUUCAACUACUUUGAUUUUAUAUAUCACCUACUAUGAUGAGCAUGUGCUAUUGAACAAUGUAUAACUUUAGUUCCUUGAUUCUCAGGUUAUUAUUCACAUCAUAAUAGUUUAACUUCA